UGCCGUAAAAAAGAUUGCUCUCCGCUUGCGACGAUUUUACGGCAGUAAGGAGGCUGGCUCUUUGCUCUGUCGGUGGGCUUCUUGCUGGAGCCUUUCCGCCUGGAGAGGUGAUGACGGGAGCGACUGGAUGGUCUCUUUGCUUCUGAGGGACAGGAUGAGCACCUGGGAGUCGGGCAAAGUAUUGGGGGUGCCGACGGUUCCCCUUUCUAAUGGCUUAAACAUCCCCAUAUUGGGGCUGGGAACAUCCCAUCAAGGCGGCUAUUCCCACGAGGCAGUGGUAUACGCGCUUCAGAAAUGUGGCAUUCGUCAUAUCGACACGGCAAAACGAUAUGGCUGUGAAUCGCUCCUGCAGAAGGCUAUCAAAGAGAGUGGAAUUGCACGGGAGGAUCUCUGGAUAACAACCAAACUCUGGCAUGCUGACUAUGGCUAUGACAAAACAAAACAAGCCUGCUUGGAAUCUUGCAACAGACUUGGGGUGGAAUAUCUAGAUCUUUAUUUAAUACAUUGGCCAGAUGCACAAGUUCCUGGAAAAAGCAGUCGAGAAGUCAGGGCAGAAACUUGGCAUGCCAUGGAAGAAUUGUAUGAGAAAGGUAUAUGCAAGUCAAUCGGAGUAAGCAACUUUUUAAUUGAACACUUGGAGCAGCUGAGGAAGGACUGUCAGAUAACUCCACAUGUAAAUCAAGUAGAAUAUCAUCCUUUCCAAAGGCCUCAAGAGCUAGUAGACUAUUGCCAAAGCAGGAAUAUUAUUUUUGAAGGCUACUGUCCACUAGCCAAAGGUGAAGCUCUUAAUCAUCCCAACAUUGUUCAGCUUGGAAAGAAAUAUGGCAGAACUCCUGCACAAAUCUGUAUUCGUUGGAGCAUCCAGAAUGGCAUAGUCACCAUUCCAAAAUCUACAAAACUAAAGAGAGUACAAGAAAACUGUCAGGUCUUUGAUUUUUCACUAGACUUUGAUGAUGUUGCAGUACUAAAUGGAAUGCAUGAUGGGAGACAUGUUUCCUGGGAUCCAACCUCAGUUGUUUAAGUGCAAGGUCUUUGAUUUUAGGCUUGCAAAAGAAGAUAUGGAAUUGCUUGACUCCAUGAACGUCAAUAGAAAGUUGGUCUAUCUAACUUAUCCAUUAUGGAAGGGAUAACCCAUGGAGUGGUUACAGAGUGGCUGAGAACAUGAUGACUUCUGGAUUCCCCCAAGCUUGUCUCUGCUAUUUACUUAAUGCAUUCAUAGCUAAUGCAACUUAAGUACUUUUUGCACAAACCUAUCUUUCCAUAUUAACCAAUUAUUAGGCUACUGUCUGGAAUGUUCCCAUUUCCAAGCUCUCACUAAAGGACUUUUCGGGAAGUUGUAAA